AUGGCUAGUGUCAUUUCAGCUAUCACAGCCAUUGCGAGACGCGAUGAGAUUUUUGAUAGAGAGUUAUGCACCUUUAGCUUAUGUGACAUCUCUCUCUCGUGGUACAAAUACCGUCCGUCAUUGCCCGCAAAUACAAUCUUUACGGCACUGUUUUUUAUCUCAGCUGUCAUCUUCCUCAUCCAAGGGAUAGCAACGAGACGAUUUGUUGGUUUCACUGUUGCCAUGGUCUUGGGGACCAUAGGCGAGACGAUUGGAUAUGUCGGCAGAAUUCUAAUGUGGGAUAAUCCAUGGAAACAGAUUCCAUUCAUGAUACAAAUAUGCUGCCUUACACUUGCGCCUGCGUUCCUUGCCGCUGGCAUAUACCUCACUUUGUCCCGGAUCGUGACUGCUUUUGGCCCCGAGAAUUCCCGAAUACGCCCACGGUGGUAUCCCAGAAUCUUCAUCCCUUGUGAUAUUCUUGCGCUGGCUCUCCAAGGUGCCGGCGGUGGCAUUGCCAGCACAGCAGGGGACGACGACCGGACGCAAGCUGACUUAGGAAAAGACAUCAUGGUGGCUGGCCUGGUCAUUCAGGUCGUUACUCUGACAAUAUUCAUGGCCCUGGCUGCUGACUUCGCCCUUCGUACCCAACGCCGCAUUCGUGCCUUGGGGAAUGCAGCACUCGAUUCAAAUUACUCCCACCUUCGUUCAUCCUCACAGUUCAAGCUCUUUCUAUUGGCAUUGGCUGGGUCGACGGUUUGCAUAUACAUACGAAGUAUCUAUCGAAUUGCGGAAUUAUCUGAAGGAUGGGACGGACCACUUUUAUCCAAUGAGGGGCUGUUCAUCGGGAUGGAGAGCGUGUUCGUGGUGAUUUCAGUUUUACUUCUGAAUGCAUUCCAUCCCAGUAGAUGCUUCAAGGCUGGAUUGGACAAAGGCUCCAGCAAGUGA